UUUCUGCAAGGAAACGGGAAAAGACCAAUCAAAAAUAAGGAUACUAGCAUGUGGAGCGGCUACCUAGAAGAGCCUAGUUGCUACAGCAUCGUCCUUAGUGUCUUGCCAGGCAAGAAAGAUGGAGGAAAUAGAAGAAUCUCCUCCUCCUGUUUCUGAAGACCUGCUGCCCUGCAAAAUAUGUGGAAGAAAUUUUUUUUCAAAGGUUCUUAAAAAACAUGUGCCGAUCUGCCAGAAGACAGCUGCAAAGAAGAGAAAGGUGUUUGACUCCAGCAGGCAAAGGGCAGAGGGGACUGAUAUUCCUACACUCAAACCCAUAAAACCAAAGUUACAAAGUUCUUCCAGCAGCUCUAAGUCUGAUAAACCUGAACCACCGAAGAAACAGUCCAAUUGGCGCCGAAAGCAUGAAGAAUUCAUUGCCACCAUUCGUGCUGCCAAAGGUUUAGAUCAAGUCAUGAAAGAUGGCGGACCCCUUCCUCCACCCCCUCCUCCAUCCUAUGAUCCAGAUUAUAUCCAGUGUCCCUAUUGCCAGCGGCGCUUCAGUGAGAAUGCAGCAGAUCGCCACAUCAAGUUCUGUAAAGAGCAAGCGUCCAGAAUUUCCAACAAAGUGAAGUUUCCUGGGAGUGAUAAAGCCAAACCCCCAGCCAGGACUCAGCACAAACCUCCUCCAACAAAGAAGGCAAACUCUCCUGCUGUAUCCACGGUGUCCACCGUGUCUUCUCGUCUACCUCAGCGCUCAGCCUAUGGGCAGGGUGCUGGCACAGGUAUUCCUAGCAGCAAAACCUCAUCCACUGGCUCAGUGAGGAGCGUAUCAUCAGGAUACUCUCCAUUACGAAACACCCCCUCUGGCUUGACCAGCCCUCCCUCUGAAGGGAACAUGAAACCCAAGGGCAUGGUUUCACAAAGCUCGCUGAGAAAUCCACCUUCCGGUAUAGGGAUGAACAAGAAGAAGGUCCAGAAUGCAGACAACUGUAUUUCAAGGAAUGACAUGAAAAACGAAAAUGAUAUAAAUUUUUCCACAAUGGGCACCAAGUUUUGCCAUGAGUGUGGGACCAAGUACCCUGUGGACUGGGCCAAGUUCUGCUGCGAGUGCGGAGUGAAGCGAAUGUACAUUUAAUAAGUACAUAUAAAAGUAAGACUGACUCACUGUAGCCGUAAAAACUGAGUAUUACUUUCCAACCAACUAUUGUACUUUGCAAAUCCUUGUGCUGUAGAAAUAUGUCAUUUGUAAUCUGUUCCGGGGGGGGGAAGUGCAAUAUGAUUGGUUACUGCUACAAAAGGAGUAGUGUUAUUUCCAUUAAAGUUAUGAUUAAAAUAUUGAUAUGUUAAAUUGACUUAAAUUGAUCUAGGCCUUAAAAUGGGACCAUAUCACUCAUAAAAUGUGUCUAUUCUAAUGUUAAUCUUAUUGUAGUGUGUCAUUUU